AUGCGAGUGGGCGGCGACGAACCGGCGACGACGAUGCGCGCGAUUUUCUCGCGUGGGGCUGGCGGAACGUUCAAGAUGGCACUGCCGGGCGAUCCACGCCGAUCGACUUGA